GAUGAAAACAUGGACAGCGUCAUAAUGAAUGGACACUGGAAUGGUGCGGAUAAAUCUGUGUCUACAUUCAAAACCCCCUCCCACCUACUAUUAAACGAGAAGAGAGAGUUUGAAGCGUUCGGCUAUGAAGCAGAAAAACGCUAUCUGGAACUUUAUCAACAAGGACGUCAUCUGAGAUGUUUCUUUUUCAAACGUUUCAAGACUAAACUAGCCUCUUCUCAGGCAAUAAAGAUGUCGCUCAAUUUGAAAGAUGAAAAUGGAAAACCAAUCCCUGCGUUAAAGGUGUUUGCAGCGGCAAUACGAUUCCUAAAAAGCCAUCUUCUGAACGCUCUACGCAUGCGCGGUAAAGAGGUCGCAACUGAGGACAUAAAGUGGAUGGUGACGGUACCAGCAUUUUGGAACGACGUAUCAAAGCAGUUUAUCCGACAGGCUGCGAUACAAGCAGGUAUACCCGCAGAACGUCUCAAACUAGCCCUUGAAGCUGAAGUGGCAUCGGUGUUCUGUCAGAACAUGAAAGGUGUUGGUAAACUACCCAUACAUGGUGUUGGAACAACAUACUGUGUGGCUGAUAUUGGAGGUGGCACUACUGACGUUGUUUUCCAUGUCAAAAGACAAGAUGGCCGCAUUAAAGAAAUGAAUAGAGGUGGUGGGUGUUCCGCCGGAUCCGGUCAUAUUGACAACGCAUUUCUUCAAUUCCUGGUUCGGGUCCUUGGCGCGCCGGCGGUCAGAGAAUUUUUAGAUGAACAAAAAGUGGAGCUACUGGAACUGUUGCGUGAUUUCGAAGGAAAUAAAUGCCAGUUGUCAACAAGUCAGAAAAAUGCUUUAUCAGUAAAAAUACCUGUAGGACUAGAAAGGAUAUGUCGUAAAAUUCAUAAAGGGGAGACAAUGAAUUCUCUUAUUGCAAAAUCGGUAUACAGAGACAAAAUAAAAGUAGCAGACAACAAACUACACUUUGAACCCUCAAUAUUUUACGAUUUUGUUCGAUCUGCCUGUGCUGAUAUUGCUCGGUGUAUUAAAGCCGUAUUAUCGGAGAAAAACGCAAGAGAUUGUAGUAUUCUGAUUCUAGUUGGUGGAAUGGCUGGCUCAAACGUUGUUCAAGAUGUGUUGAAAACUGAGCUUGAGGGGAAAACAAACAUUCAGAGAAUUAUAGUGCCACCGGAACCGGAACUAGCCAUUCUGAAAGGGGCUGUCAUGUUUGGGCACCAACCACGCAGUAUAUUUCAGCGAGUAAUUCGCUAUACGUACGGUUUGCGCAAAGCCAAGCUUUUUAACCCGGAUGUCCACCCUGAAGAUCGGAUGGUUGCCCUACACGGAAUAGAUUUCAUCACAGACGUAUUCUGUCCGUUCAUUUCUGCUGGUUCCCGUGCUCCAGUCGGGUUCAUGUCAUAUGACUCACUUACGUCAAUAGAGCCAUUCCAGAAAGUUAUAGAAAUUGAUGUGUAUUUUUCAUCCGAUCUAAAUCCAACUUACGUUACAGAUAAAAACACGUGGUUACUGGGGAAAAUAGAAUAUCAGAUUCCCAAUCCUUCACGUGAGGAGAGAACAAUUUAUAUUGAAUUUAUAUUUGGAGACACAGAACUUCUGAUAAAUAUAACUGACCGCAAAACAGCAGCAAGAUUUAAAAAUACUUUUCCAGAAAUUGAGAAAUAAUUGUUAUGAAUCAUGUAGCGUUAUAGACCUUAUUUCAGUGACCUUUGCUACCAACAUUUGAAGAGUAACUACGUAUCUCUAAAUGCAGAUAUUUUCUUUCUAACUAUAUUUGUUUGUACGCUUAUUUAUAGUCGCCAACGGAAACCCAUAUGAGCGACCCCUGCUGGCGACUUGAGGCGUUCUUUUCGGUGGGAGUAGUUCAGAAUACAGAAGACGCUCCAGUUAUAGAAGCUUCCUUUGUUCUAUAGCGUGUCAGGGGUAACGCACACGUACAUGGGACUCUUAUACCUAUGUUAAUGAUUUUAGUUAAAGGAGUAUGGUGACAAACCCACGAACCCUGUUUUUGUAGUUAGACAUUGUUACCACUGGACCACUUCAUCCGCUCUAGCUCUGAAUAGACAUGAGUCCAAUGUUAUAAAGGCUGACCACUACUAAAUCAAAUGUAAGCCUACGCAGGUCUAUCACAAGUAAUCCAGAUAUAAACACUUGUCAUCGUGCCCUUCGUCAACUUUUAUUCUAAUGGGUUUUAGUAUGUAUUUGUAGUAUUUUAUCAAAGUCUGCAUACUAUGUUGCAUGCUACAGGAAAAUUGCGGGUAAGAAUAUUAAGUCCUGCAAAAUGAUACUAAAAAAGUAAAAAGGAGUUCAUUUAGCCGGUUGUAGUUAAUGAAACUUUUUUAUAUAAAAACAAACACCCUUCUUUUAUUUUUUUUUCAAUAGUUGAGGUAUAGUUCUUCCCAGUGUAAAUUUCUGAAUAUCUGAUAUUCUAAAAAGAGGUGGAAGGAAAGUUAUCAAGUAGAUGAAUUUUACAUGAAAUAAAGAAUAGCUUGAUUUAGUGGUGUUCAAUCUAUACUAAACUUGA